AUGGAGUCCUCACGGGGCCCUCCGCGGGUCAAGAACAAGGCUCCGGCCCCGGAGCAGAUCUCCGCCGAACAGCUGCUCCGAGAAGCAGUAGACCGACAAGAACCCGCGCUCACCAAACCUACCCAACGCUUCACCGAUCUCGAAGAGCUGCACGAGUUCCAAGGGCGGAAGAGGAAAGAGUUCGAAGACCAUGUCCGCCGCAACCGAGUCAACAUGGGCAACUGGAUGCGCUAUGCCGCAUGGGAGCUGGAGCAGAAGGAGUACCGCCGCGCUCGUUCGGUUUUUGAGCGGGCGCUGGAUGUCGAGGCCACCAACGUGCAGCUGUGGAUCCGGUAUAUCGAAGCGGAGAUGAAGGAGCGCAAUAUCAACCAUGCGCGCAAUCUGCUGGAUCGAGCCGUCACCAUUCUCCCGCGCGUGGACAAGUUGUGGUACAAGUACGUGUACAUGGAGGAGAUGCUGGGCAACGUCGCCGGGACGAGGCAGGUGUUUGAGCGAUGGAUGUCGUGGGAACCGGAUGAGAAUGCGUGGGGCGCCUACAUCAAGCUCGAGAAGAGAUACGGCGAGUUUGAGCGGGCGAGGAAUGUCUACGAGCGAUUCACCAUUGUCCAUCCCGAGGCCAGGAAUUGGAUCAAGUGGGCAAGAUUUGAGGAAGAAAACGGAACGAGUGAUCUGGUGCGAGAGGUCUUUGGCACGGCAAUCGAGACGCUGGGAGACGAGUUCAUGGAUGAAAAGCUGUUCAUCGCGUACGCAAGAUUCGAAUCGAAGCUCAAGGAGUACGAGCGGGCGAGGGCCAUUUACAAGUAUGCCUUGGACCACAUGCCGAGAUCGAAGUCCGCCACUCUACACAAGCAAUACACGACAUUCGAAAAGCAAUUUGGCGACCGCGAAGGCGUAGAAGACGUGGUCUUGAGCAAGAGGCGGGUUAUGUACGAGGAACAAGUCAAGGAGAACCCCAAGAGCUACGACAGCUGGAUCGAUUACGCCAGGUUGGAGGAGACUUCACAGAACGAGGAUCGUGUACGAGACGUCUACGAACGCGCAAUCGCACAGAUGCCCCCCUCCCAAGAGAAGAGACACUGGCGGCGCUACAUCUAUCUCUGGAUUUUCUACGCCCUCUACGAGGAGUUGCAGGCUCGCGACUUUGACCGCGCCGCCCAGAUCUACGCCGAAGUUGUCAAGCUCAUCCCGCACAAGAAGUUCACCUUUGCCAAAAUCUGGGUGUUGAAGGCACAGUUCGAGCUGCGCCGCGGUCAACUUCACCAGGCGCGCAAGACCAUGGGCCAGGCAAUUGGCAUGUGUCCCAAGAACAGACUCUUCCGCGCCUACAUCGACACGGAACUCAAGCUUUUCGAAUUCGUGCGCUGCCGAACGCUCUACGAAAAAUGGAUCGAGUGGGAUGCCAGCAACUGCACCGCCUGGAUCAAAUUUGCGGAGCUGGAGCGGGGAUUGGACGACUUGGAGCGAUGCCGAGCGAUUUUCGAGCUCGCCGUGCAGCAACCGGUCCUCGACAUGCCGGAAUUGCUGUGGAAGGGAUACAUUGAUUUCGAAGAGGAAGAAGGUGAAUUCGACAAGACGAGGGAGUUGUACGAGCGGCUGCUGCAGAAGACGGAGCAUGUGAAGGUGUGGAUAUCGUACGCCCACUUCGAGAUCAACGUGCCGGAUGCAGAUGUCGAGGAGGACGAGCAAGAAGAGGAGAUGCCGGUAUCGGAUGCAGCAAAGGCGCGCGCACGAGCGGUGUUCCAGCGGGCAAACAAGCUGUACAAAGAGAAAGCGAUGAAAGAGGAGCGUGUGGCUCUGCUCAACGCGUGGAAGUCGUUUGAGGAUACGCAUGGGUCGGAGGCCGACCAGGAGGCGCUCAGUAAGCAGAUGCCGAGAAGGGUGAAGAAGAGGAGAAAGCUGGACGACGAUACGUUCGAGGAGUACAUGGACUACGUCUUCCCCGCCGACGACGAGGGAAGCCAGAAGAUGAGCAAGUUGAUGGCGGCGGCGCAGAGAUGGAAGCAGGAGCAAGAGGGCGGCGCGGCUGCUGCAUAG